AUGCGAUGGCCACCAUGGAGCUCCGAGUCGAACAAUGACGACAAAAACAAGGAGUCUAACUCCAUAUUCUCGCGCUCCGCAACCACAACAAACAACCCCAGCUCGUACCUCGACUGGGCUGCCUUUGUCGAACCUAGAACUCUUAUCCCGACAGUCCUUCUAACAAGCGGUAUUCUCUUCGGCCUACGAUUUCACCGUCGGUAUCUACGCCGCAUCCCCGAUGCGCCCAGCAUUUCGCCUUCCUUUCUGCGCCGCCGCUCCGUCUUCGGGAAAGUGACCAGCAUUGGCGAUGGCGACAACUUCAGGAUAUUCCACACGCCUGGCGGAAGAAUUGCUGGAUGGGGCUGGCUACCGUGGAAGAAAGUCCCGACGAACAAGAAGGAUUUGAAAGAUAAUACCAUCCACAUUCGUCUCGCCGGCGUCGAUGCACCCGAACUCGCUCAUUUCGGUCGUCCGGAGCAACCCUUUGCGCGUGAAGCCCAUGUCUGGCUCACGGAGUAUCUUUCCAACCGUCGCAUACGUGCCUCCGUUUACAAGCAAGACCAAUAUAACCGUGUCGUGGCGAGUGUGUUUGUCAGGAAGGCGUUUGACUUCCCGCCCUUCCGUCGGAGAGAUGUCUCAUACGAAAUGUUGAGACGUGGUCUGGCGACCGUUUACGAAGCCAAGGUCGGUGCGGAGUACGGAGGUGAUGCUAUGGAAAAGAAAUAUCGCCGUGCGGAAUGGUGGGCUAAACGCCGUUCCAAGGGGUUGUGGAAGGAUAUUGGAUCUGACUGGGAGAGUCCACGGGAGUACAAAACUCGUAUGGGCAAAAGUGAGCCGGUGGAGAAUGGUGGGAAGUCGAAAUCCAAGUAA